AUGCCCCACAUCGUCUCAGACGUUUCCAUCGGUGACCCCGGUGUCGAUGACGGCCCCGACGGUCUCACGAAAUUCUGCCAGUUCAUGCUCAACAAGCCAGAGUUCGCCAAGGCCCUACGCGCGCUGCAUCUGCUCGACGGCGUGUUCGCCCGCUCCGCUAGCUCUGGCGGACGGUCUGGAUGGGGCGCAGACUUCUCUCCUGCCGGCCUUGUCGCCAAAGGCCUGUUCACUGCAGUGAACCUCCGCGUCCUUCACAUACGCGACGCGGAGCCCCUCUUCCAGUCGCAUCCGGCUGUUUACGAGGCCAUCACGAAGCUCGACCGGCUGAAGCUCCAGGGCAAGCUGCAGGUCAUCGAAAACGGGCUGUGGAAGGACGGCCCGCGGCCGCAGGGUGACGUGACGCCGUUCAGACGGUACGUCGAGUCGCUGCGGCACAUCCGGCUCUGGGAGUGCGGCUACAUGCUUGAGAGCGUCAUCGACUGA